UAUUUGCUUGAUAAAGAAUCUGCAGAAGAGCCAUCAGACAACAUCUGAAUCUUUGCUUUCCUGUCCUGGAUGUGAGAUGGGUCAAAAGCUGUCAGACAGGAGUGGAGAGGUCACCUUAUUGGGGGUAGGGGAUCAAAGUAGAAAGCGUUUUACUUCUCUCUCCAAUUGUCUGUCAGUGAUGUUGACUGUCACUGAUGACACCUUGAAGGACGAUAGACGCGUCGUGGGUGUGAAAUGGAGGGAGUAUAAAGUCUGUGGGUUCGGCUGGACACUGGAACAUUACAUCUUUGGACGUGGAGACAACUGAAAUCUCUCGAGAUACAGAACUAAACGAGUUUAUCGACGCGGAAUUUAAAGGCUAUGGCGUUGUUUUUAGACCAAUCUUUCGAUUUAGUAAAAAAAAUAAGCUUGGAGACAGAAAGUGAUUUUAUUUUUAACAAAAACAUGGUCCAUUUUACAGAUGUAACAGCCGACCAAACCUUGUCUUCACCUGAAGUGGAAAGAAAUAACCCUCCAGACGGACAGAGGAAGAGAAAGAGGACCAUCUUUAGCCGCGCGCAACUCUCCGAACUGGAGCGCGCGUUCGUGAUGACCCCAUAUCCAGAUAUCACACUGCGCGAGAGUCUGGCGGCAGUCACCCUGCUUCCAGAAAGUAAAAUUCAGGUGUGGUUUCAAAACAGACGAGCUCGCAGUAUGAAAAGUAAGAAACUGUCUAGACCAGUUAGGAGUCCAUCGACAGGAGUGAGCUCUUUGUCUACAUUUCCACAUGUUUCUGUAACAUCCAACCCUGGUUUUACCCAAGAGCAAUGUUCAGCCACUUCAAUACACAAAGACAGACCUGAAAGAUAUCCAACAGCGAACAGGAGCCCUAACUACCAUCAGCCCAGCUUUAGACAAGCGCUGAGUCCCUGGUCUCAGAAUCUUCCACAUCCUUCACCCAUUUCUCCAGACCUGCCUGGAGUCUUGCCCUGGGGUGACAGACACCCUCCUACAUCUGGAUCUUCAUCUUUCCCAUCAGACAGGCCACCUCAGCACUCAUUCCAAAAUCAGUCAGACUGCCUCUGGCAGGUGAACUGCUUCACAUCCCACCCUGAAGGUUUUCCUGGGCAUCAAUUCAAAUCAUAUUGUAGUUCCGAUCAGUCCGUUCACACCUCUGUGGAUGUUCCUGCACAUCCAAUCGGUUUAGAGGGAGCUUUACAUCGACAGAGUCAGGGUCUGAUUCACUAUCCUCAGACUUCACUAGGAGACAUAUCUGAACUUAUUUAUAGUUCAGCUGUAGUCACCAACCUGGAAGACUGUUAACACAUAUUGGAUAAUAUUCUAGUAGUACUUCAUUUAUUUUUGGUGUAUAAUAUAUUACUCAUUGCAGUAUGGAGUGUGCAUUUUUGCUAUUUUAAUAAGUGUUAAUGUAGAAUUUUGGAUUGGCCAGAAACUUUGUCACCUUCUGAUAGAACAUAUUAUACAAAAAUAUAUAAACAUAAACCUUAAACAGUGAACGUGAACUUUUCUCUGUGUA